AAAAGUUUUAAAAGUUUAGAAUAUUACUAUUGGAUGAAUGAAGCUUGACAUUUAAUGAUGAAUUUCGUUGUUUUUUGAAUGAUCUAUAAUUUCGUUUCAACAAGAUACCAUCAUUUUCAAGUUUCUAUACAUAAAACAUUAGAACAUUGUGAUAAAGAAAUGACACCAAAUGAUCAAACUAAUGGUGAACACAAAACAGUUGAUAUUUGUGAUUUAGUACUUGACUAUGUAACACAAUUUCCAUUUGCUAAAGAUGUAAAAUCACGUAUUAAUUUAGAUGAUGUUCACUCAUCUGAUAUUGAUUUUACACGUUUACUUGUUACUCAUAAAAAAACAGAAUACCUCUUACCAAAUAUAGUCAAUGGUGAUACCAAACAAAGUAUUGCAGUGCCACCAAAGACUUUACCGCCAACUCUCAAAAAAGAUCUUAAAAGCCAUGUUCUAUUCUCAUCUAUAUUUACAAACAAAACAAGUGAAACACAGACAAAUCAUUUAAGAACUGAACGUCGAACAAGUUCAUCUUGUCGACUUAGUUUACAAAAGGUUGUUACAAAGGGUGGAAGUAUAAAUUUGCAAAUAGGACCACCAAGUAUGUCUGUGCAAGCUAACGGGGGUUUUCGACGUGAAAUAACAAUGUCUAAGGAUAUGGAAGAAGUAUUUGAAGAGGAAUUAACCUGGACAUUAGAUACAGAAGUAUUACUUCAUUCUUAUCGCUACAUGUUGCGUCCAAAGCUCAAAUUAUAUGGAUUUAGUGAAUCUAAUUUCUAAAGAACUUUUGCACCAACAUUACGACUACCCCUUCAUUAAAAUAACUAUCAUCAAGUUCAUCAGCGGAAAAUCACCAGUUGUGACUUCAAGUAGAUAGAUAGUGCUUGUGACAAAAUGCGUAUAAAGUACUCGGAAUGAUUUAUCUUUGGAGAGAGAUUUGAUUGAAUAGCACACCGAAAAAUGUUACAUUUGAUCAACUGUUACAAAAAGUAUUAAAUUAAAGUUCAUUCAUAUAUGUACCUCAGAAACGUGCUUUCAGAAAUUUUUUCUUUAAUUUCCGGGCAAUUAUUUUGUAUUUUAAACUUUUAUUUAUAUAAAUUAUCCAAAUGAGGAACUCUAAAUCAUUGGGUGCAAACUAAUUAGCUUAAAAGUUAUUCAUUUGACUCGAAAGCUGAGGGUUUUGUGUUCUAUGUCUGGGGAGUUCGUGGGUGCAUACAGCCAAGUCCCAUAUAAGAACAAAACAACUAUCCAGUACUCAGUAGUUAGUAAGGUUAUCUAGCUGAACCCAACUUAUGGUCAGAAUGACCUUUAACUAAGAACUGUUUAGUGGUGAGAAAUUGAGUAACUAAGAAGACGUUCUGUUAUGAAUAUUUAAUCAACACUUGUAAAUAAAGUUAUCUGACUGAUUCAAUUGAUUAAAAAAAACAAAGAACUACACGAGGAUACAAACUAGUUGAAGUUGAGAGUAUUGGUAAUGAAAUUUCUAAUCAGUGAACUUAAUAAAUAAUUUUUCCCCUCGAAAUUCGAAGCUAUUGGGUUUGUUCUCUUAUAGAGUGUUUCGUGCCCACUUCUGCGGAGUUACAAACUUAAAUGAAACACCCUUUUUAAGCGAUGUCAUUAUAUGAUCAAAGCAAACCAACUUCAACUAGUAGUCAGGAGAGUUAUAAAUAAUUUCAAAAAGACUGAGGGACUAUUUAAUACCUGCAAGUAAUAGACGAUUGGUUAGACCUAAUUGAAAAGUCAAUAAUUCCUAUCUCGAAAUAUUAGGUGAGAAACAGAAAUAAGUAUUUAAUAACGAUACCAAAUGAUUAAACUGAAUAAAUAAUUUUAACGAAUUCAAGAAUCUUAAAUACUAUAGUUCACUUCUAAAACUCAACAAUAAUGUUAGCCUUAGUAGAUACAAAGAUUUCGUUGAUUGACAGACUGAUCAGUCAUGAUCAACGUCAGGCAACAUCGUAGAUCAAGGUAGGCAGUACUUGGGCAUACGUUACGUAGCCACCUCAGUCUAUGAAGAUUUGUUUACAAUUUAAUUAACCGAUUUGUCAUCAUUACCUUAUGUUUAACCUCAACACUCCCUACUUUGUCAUCAAAUUAUAUACGAGCAUCGUUUCCAAGACAGUUAUGAUAAAAAUCCUGUGGUUCACACAUUUUUUCUACUUUCAAAAAUCAUGUUUCGAAGCCAUAGGUUAGUAAAGAGUGAAUCUCUGUGCAGUGCAUUCAGAUUGACUGUUCUCUAACUUCAUUUGACCGCCACCAACAACAAUAAAUCCGGUAAAUUAGUACAAAACAAAUAAUUUUACAGACUUGAUUGGGUUGAUGCAAGUUGCCAGAUAGUAAUAGCAAUAACUACAAUUUAUUCUGUCUGGAAAAAUAUGAUUUCCAGGUAAUAUCAAAAUGAGCAAUUUGGACAAACUUGAUUUGAAAACUUAAAACUGUUUAUGUAAUUGAGGGCAUUAAGGUUCAAAGGAAAUGUUUUACAGUAUGAAAUCAGUGGCUGUCUGAACUCCAUAGCAAAAACAGAUUUAAAGGUUGUGAAUUUGUCAUAAAUAAAGUAACGGAUAUAUAGAAAUACUAAGUAAAUGGGCUGAAUGAAUCAUUAAAUAUGUUUUCGUAUGAAGAGUAGUAUAUAUUUAGCGUAAAAGAUAAAUGAAAGAGGCUGAGCACCUUCAGUUUGUUUAUUCACAUCUUUACUCAGAGUCCUUGUUGGCGUUUGUGACAGUGAAGAGUCACAAGAUAAUGUACGUGUACUCGAUUUCUUUAAGAAAAAUGGGUUUAACAACUCAGUAGCAACACUAAUUAUUGAGUACAUUCAGAAUGCUUCCAUAUAUUUAGAUAAUGAAUAAGUUCUCAGACUGCAGUUAAAUUUGAGAGGGGAUACCAAUGUCCAGCUUGUAGGAUGCAAAAUUACCACGUUUGCGGGAGGUUAAAGUACUGAAUUCACUGGAGGGUAAGAUCAGCAGUGUAAUAAUAUUUGAUUUCAAUUCAGUUACGUUUACGUAAAAAAUCGAAAAACCAAUCUUAGAUAACAGGUGGUCAACAGAUUGUGCAAAUAAGUAUCAUGUAGGUGUUCAGUGACUACAAAGGCUAAUAUUUUAGUAUUAUGAUAUUCAGACUAAUUUCUCUAUGAUCAUCACAAGGUAAUUUCGAUCCUUUCUUACCGGUUGGGCGAUAAGCGAUUGAGACUAGUUAGAUGAGAUUACUUUCAAUUCCAAUACUCAUCAGUAUCUCAAUAGCCUUCAUUGUUGUGACUAGACUACCGCCCCUAAAGAAUUCCGAGGUCAACCUAUCUAAUAUUUCCCCUCUCCUUCAGUUCAAAUUAAAUAUAGACUCUGCAACCAAUGUGCCUGCCAAGGUAGGAACUAAUAGCAAACGUUUCCGAACCAGUAUAUAUCGAGUACGUUUUCAUAAGUUAUACCCGACUUCCAUGUCAUGGUAGCAGCUACAAUUAACAUGAACCUUCUCCUUCGUGUUAGUGACUCAUCUAUUAAUGCAUAUUUAUAGCUUCUCUAUAUAUAGUAUUUCAAAUCGUUUUUUAAAAUUUCGAUAAAGUUUUUUAAAAUAACCAAAUUUUUUUAAAAAUUUUGUCCGCGUUUUUCAAAAUAACCACAGCGUUUUUUAAAGUUUUUAUAACAUUUGCAGAGGCCUGAUAAUUCACGCCUACACAUCUUCGAACCUGUAUUUGUCUUUAAUAACUUUCUUAUGAGGCAUUGUCUCUUCUCAUUUGAAAUUAAAUUGUUUUUUCUAUUCAUCUCUAGCAUGUAAGGAUUAUGAGAAAAUUUUAAAAAAAGAUGUGGUUAUUUCAAAAAAUGCAGACAAAAUUUUAAAAACAUUCUUGGUUAUUUUAAAAAACCCUGUUGAAAUUAAAAAAAAUGAGUUGAAAUACUAUAUAUCCGUCUUCAAAAUUGAUAAACACUAUUGGUUAAAAAUAUCGGACGUGGAAAAUGACAGAGGACUUGAUUUAUAUACUGUUUGACAUAUGUCUUCUGUAAUAGAAUUUAUGGUUGUUGAGUAAUUUAUCUGAUUUAAUCAUAUAAUCAAGUUUGAUAUUCUCACUCAGUUCAUUUGUUAGUUUGCAUUUUCCACUAAUUUGUUUUAUUCGUCAAUAUUUGUUUACAACAUCCGCAGAUAGUUGUCCCUCCAGGAUAUAAA